UGGAAAAGUUUUUGCGCGCCUCCGACGGCCGCGCGACAUUGCCGGUGGACCGCAUGGACGUCUGGGAUCCGAUUUCCGGCAUGCCUCGCCCCGAGGAUGGACUUGAAACAGAUGAAAAGUGGACCCUGGUGCGAGUCCUCAUUCCGCACAGCAAAACGGAUGUUUCCAUCCCAGCGCACGAGCAGCAGGGGCCGCUGCACUGCGGGGAUCAUGGCACGCAAACACUAGAGAUUCCGUUGGUCGACCUGCAGCCCGCGGACGGGAACAGUACGCGCGAAGUCAUCCUGUUUUUUGUGGAAUCGACUGCAAAUUUGCAAGUUCCACCG